AUGGCAGCGGCGAAUUGUGUGCCUCCGCUGGUGCUGCGUCAGGUCGUAUGGAUCGUCCUAGCGACGUUCCAGUACGGCUUUGGCAUUUCAGAGCUGAAUGCACUACAGACAUUGUGGGUGUGUGAGCCACGCAGUGCAUCGUGCUUAGGCCUGAGCGAUGAUCAGUUUGGUGUGAUUACUGGCAUGUUCACCAUUGGCGGCACCAUCUCGUCCUUGGCGUGUGCCACGGUGGCGCGGCGCUUCCGUGCUGGACGCCGUACGUGUCUAUGCACCGCUUCCGUUUUGGCCUUGGUUGGUGGACUGCUUUUGGCCGUGUCCAGCAGCCUGCUUUGGCUCUCGAUCGCACGCCUGUGUCAGGGUCUCGGCGCAGGAAUCGCCCUCGUCCAAGUCCCCUUGUACCUGCAAGAACUGGCGCCGCCGGCGAUGGCCGGGUCCAUCGGUACACUGAAUCAACUUGCGGUGGUCUCCGGGAUCUUUGUGGCACAGUUCCUAGGUACGUCCGUCGUGCUCACGGCCGCGUCCUGGCGAUGGGUGCCCCGUGCGAGUAUGGCGGUGGCCCUAGCGCAGUGGGUCUUUGGGUGGGGAUGGGCCGAAGAAAGUCCCGUAUGGCUCGAACAGGAAGGAACACAGCUUGGCUUGGCCUCUGCACAAGAUCGCGCAGCGGCAAUCCGCGCGAAACUAGGGUGCCAGUACGAGACGGUCUCAAGCGACGAGGCACAGCUGCCAACACAUACGCCGCACGAACACGAGAGCACGGCCCUAUCGUUCCGUACAGGUCUGCAGAUCGUCAUGAUCACACAGGCAGCGCAGCAGCUGAGCGGUGUCAAUGCUAUUAUGUACUACAGCACAGGCAUCCUAUCUACCUUGCUCCCCACCUUGGCGCCAGUCGUGGGCCUGCUUAUCACCCUCGUCAACGGUGUGAUGACACUUCCCCCACUCUGGCUCAUUGACGAGGCACGUAUGGGUCGUCGUCGUCUUCUCCUUGUCUCAUCCACAGGUAUGGGCCUCUGCUGCCUGCUCUUCGCGUACGGUCUGACGUACGCGCAUGCCAUGCUGAGUGGCUUGGCCAUUCUCCUUGUCAUUGCCUGCUUCUCCGUGGGGCUGGGCCCGGUGCCCUUUGUGAUCAUUCCUGAAGUGCUCCCACCAUCGCAUGUCUCCUUUGGCUCGUCACUCGGUCUCGGCGUGAACUGGAUCGCGAACAUCCUCACAGCCAUGGCCUUCCAGCCCGUACGUCGCAUACUGGGCGCCUGGGAUGGACAGACAGGUGGACUCGUGUUUGCUGUAUUUGGUAUCUUUAACAUGGGCUUUGCCCUCGCUAUCCACCGUCUCUAUCAUCCGAGGCUUGUCGUGUAG